CUUCAUUUUCUCCCACCAAAUCUAGUGGUUUUGGAAGAAAAACCAAAAUGGCAAUCAGGAAAUCAAACAAAUUGGCACAAACGGCAGUGAUAAAGCAAAUCAUGAAAAGAUGCUCCAGCUUAGGAAAGAAACAAAGCUAUGAUGAACAAGGAGGGCUUCCCCUGGAUGUCCCAAGAGGCCACUUCGUCGUAUACGUUGGGGAAAACAGAAGCAGAUACAUUGUUCCCAUCUCUUUCUUGACCCGACCCGAGUUCCAGACCCUGCUUCAUCAAGCUGAAGAAGAGUUUGGUUUUGCUCAUGACAUGGGCCUCACCAUUCCUUGUGAAGAAGUUGUUUUUCAGUCUCUAACAUCAAUUCUCAGAUGAAAAUCUGCUUAAUGGAACUUUUUUUUUGGGAGAAGAUGAUUAAGAUGAAGCUGCUUCAUCGCUUCUCUUUGAUUUUCUCCUCUCUCUUUUUUCCUGACCCGACAA